CAGAAGGCCAUGCGGCACAACAAACAUGUCGCCUUCCUGGAGAGGUGAUCUGGACAGUUGAUCUUUAUAAUAAUGAAGUAAAUACUGAAAAAUAAUCAUUGUAUACUUGGCCAGUAAUAAUGAAACUGCUGGGAAUUUUAUUGGCUCAAAAUUCUAAAUAUUCUUUCUGUGCUCCUGUAAUAUUAUAUCGCAUUUUAUGUCAACGUUCUGGAUUACGGUUACACUCAACAUUUAAUCAAAAAAGAAGUAUCAGAGAUUGCUGCAGAGUUCUAAACGUUCCUGAGGACUGCUCGGCGGAGGAAGUAAAACAUUCAUACCGAAAUCUGGCAAAGAAAUAUCAUCCGGACAGCGGGUCCAUCACUGCAGACGCCAACAAAUUUAUACAGAUUGAUGAAGCAUAUAGAGAUUUGCUUGCACAUUUAUCCGAAGAGACUAGAAAAGGGGAAAGUCUUGAUGAUGACGAUAGCGCAACCGACUUUAAAAUUCCACAGCACAGACAUUACUUGAGCUACGAAGGUGUUGGCUAUGGGACACCAAGUCAGAGGCAGAAGCAAUACAUACAGUUUCGUGUAGAUCGGGCCAGUGAACACGUUUUGGACUUUAGAAAGCAAAAACUAGAGAGGCAAUCUGCUGAGAACACAAUGAUAGCAAAAGAUGUCAAGCAAAGUAAAAAAGUCAAGAUAACUCAAGCCGUUGAGCGUUUGGUAGAGGACCUGAUUCAAGAGUCAAUGGCAAAGGGCGACUUUGAUAACCUAAGUGGCAAAGGGAAACCACUCCAGAAGUUCUCUUACUGCCCACAUGUAGAUCCGAUGACGCACAAUCUCAAUAGGAUAUUGAUAGACAAUGGCUAUCAGCCAGAAUGGAUUGUUCUUCAGAAAGAAAUCCGGGAGAGUAUUGAGAAACUCAGGAGCGAAGCUUUGGCGUCUCGGAAAAAGCUAGGCGACCCAAUGACUAAUGCAACCAGUGAGCAAUGGGAUAAAAUUUGCGAGCAUUUAAAAGAAGACAUAUCACAACUGAACAAAAAGAUAAAUGAUUUCAACUUGGUUGUGCCUCUACUGAAUAGGCAAAUGGUACAUUUCAAAGCUGAUAAAGUGAUAUCCCAAGUAGAACAAGCAUAUUUGUCGUUGAAGGAGAACGAGCGAAAAACGUCAAGAGAAAAGAAGGCAGAUGCCCAACUAGAUGAUAAACAGUUUAAUCUAAAGCAGACACUAAUGAGUUUGAUAAAACAAUUUAAAAUGUCGUAGUAAAUGGUUGAAAUUAAGUAAAUGAAAAAACUAUUCAUGUGCAAAUUGUAAAACCUCAAAAAUAUAGAAGUAAGGGUUACAAUAUAGUUUGAAGUGUUUGUAAUCA